AUGAAAUUAACUCAACCAAUAAACGCAACUAUAUCCUGUUUAUUUGUUACUGUUCAUAUUGCUCGGCUGAAAAGAGCGAUAUUCUUCUACAGAUAUUUACUGUAUUUUGUAAUCUUUUUUAUUCUUCCAGAAUUACCGAAUCAUAUCAAUCCUACUGAUUCAUCUUGUCAACCAAAGCUUCAUACGAAUGACAAGAUUGGAUCUAUUCACUCACUUCCUAUUAUUGAAAAUGUGAAUUGUGGAUCAGAUGAAACAAAAGUGGAAACAGCAGGCAUGACAGUAGUAGAUGGUUCUGCUGAAUCACCUCCUACUGUCUCAUCAGUAAACACAGAUAAAUCUUUGUCUUCAAGUAGAACACCUGUUAAACCAUUGUGUAAAUCCUCAAGUAUGAUGAAUUCAAAAACACACUCUACACAUGUUGUACACUGUCCGUAUUUCCCAGUGGUGAGUUUAACUGUUUUAAGCACAUGUACGCGGUUAGUGAUGGGCUCUGUUUAG